AUGACAGACCCAAUCAAGUCCAAGAACGGAGACAUCUCCAAAGCACCAACGCCUCAGAACACUCCCGCUAGUGUGACCAACUCAUACUUGAAAUCGCAACCACCCACGGUGUCCACCAUCGAUGAAGUUAAUGAAGACAAGAUUGGUCAAACUUUGGCCAACAACCCAGCAUUGCUCAGUAUGAUGCAAGGUAAACUAAAUGAUUUAGUCGGUAAAAGCAGUGGCUAUGUUGCUAAUUUGCCACUGGCUGUUAAGGACAGAAUCUAUGGCUUAAAGAGUAUACAACAACAACAAAUGAAACUAGAGGCUGAGUUCCAAAGAGAGUUAUUGGAGUUGGAAAAGAAGUUUUUCAAAAAGUACGAACCACUUUAUCAAAAGAGAAGAGAAAUAAUUGUUGGUGAAAAGGAGCCAACUGAGACUGAAGUUGAAGAAGGUAAGGCAUUGGAUGACUUGGAUGCGGAAGAUGAGGAUGACGAGGAUGAAGAAGAAGAGGAAGAGAAAGAAGAAGAAGAAGAAGGUGAUGAAGAUAGCAGCACCAAGGGUAUUCCAGGAUUCUGGUUGACUUCAUUGGAAAACCUCACUACUGUUUCUGAAACAAUCACUGAUCGUGACUCUGAGGUUUUGCAAUAUUUGACCGAUAUCCGUAUGGAGUACUUGUCUACCCCUGGUUUUAAACUUAUUUUUGAGUUUGAUGACAAGGAAAACCCAUUUUUCACCAACAAACAGCUUACAAAGACAUACCACUAUCAAGCUGAGUUGGGAUACAGUGGUGACUUUGUAUAUGAUCAUGCUACUGGUUGCGAUAUUGAGUGGACAUCAAAGGAAAACAAUACAACCAUCAACAUUGAGAGAAGGAAACAGAGAAACAAGACCACUAAGCAAACAAGAACAAUUGAAAAGUUGACACCUACUGAAUCGUUUUUCAAUUUCUUUGACCCACCAAAACCACCAAAACGUGAAGAAGAGGGAGAAGAACAUGACGAAGAAGACGAUGAUGAUGAUGAAGAAGAGGAAGAUGAAGAGUUGGAAGCUAGAUUGGAGUUGGAUUAUCAAUUGGGUGAAGAGAUCAAAGAUCGUUUGAUUCCACGUGCAGUUGAUUGGUUUACUGGAGAUGCAGUUGAUUUUGCAUACCCUGACGAAUUUGAAGGUGAGGAGGAUGGUGAAUAUUCUGACGAGGAUGGUAAUGAUGAAGAUGAUGACGAAGAUGAUGAUGAUGAUGAUGAUAACGAUGGUGAAGGUGAUGCAGGAGCUGGUCAGAAACAACCUCCACCUGAAUGUAAGCAACAAUAA